AUGGAGCCUGCCACAAAGGAUCUUGACACCGAGCCAAAGACUGCCGCAAUCGGCGAUGAAGAGGUCGAACAUGGUCGUCUCGAAGAGCUGGAGGUCGAUCUCGCGGCAGUUGUCGGAGACGAUACCGAAUUCACAUACGAAUCAAACCGAUCCCCCUUUCCUGAAGUGCGAUCGGUUGUGCCUGAGGUUGACGACCCGAGUAUGCCCAUCAACACGCUACGAAUGUGGAUCGUGGGCAUCCUUUUCACAAUUAUUGGAUCUGGAGUGAAUCAGUUCUUCAGCUUGCGAUAUCCAGCCGUUCAUAUAGCCAAUGUGGUCGCGGAGUUGCUGGCAUUUCCAUGCGGGGUGCUUCUUGCAAAGAUUCUCCCCAACUGGACAAUCGACUUUGGUCGCUUUGGCAAAUGGGAAAUGAACCCCGAUGACAAGUUCAACAUUAAAGAGCACACUGUGAUUGUGAUCAUGAGCAAUGUGUCCUUUGGGUAUUUCUCCGCCGAUUCAACUAACAUCCUUCAAGCCUCAUCCAAACAGUUUUACAACUUUGGUCUUAAGACGGGGUUCAAUGUCAUGGUAGUUUUGGUUGCACAGCUUCUAGGAUUUGGAGUUGCUGGCCUAUCUUCUCCCUGGAUUGUCGAGCCUGCAGCUAUAGUUUGGCCAGGCGUUCUCUCGAAUUGUGCCCUUCUGGAAAGUCUUCAUUCUCGGGCGAAUGCGAUGGCUAAUGGGUGGAAGAUCUCACGUUUGAGAUUCUUCCUUUUGAUCAUGACAAUUGCAUUUGUCUGGUACUGGUUCCCAGGAUUGAUCUUCACGGCCCUGAGCUACUUCACAUGGGUUUGCUGGAUUGCCCCAAACAAUAAAAUAGUAAACCAUCUCUUUGGCAUGCAAACGGGGUUAGGGCUCAGUCCGAUUACAUUUGACUGGAGCCAGAUUGCAUACAACACAAACCCGCUCUUGUCACCAUCGUGGGCUGCCCUGAAUGUGUUUGGAGGCUUUAUUGUUGCAUUUUGGAUUAUCGUGCCAAUUCUGUACUACACAAAUACCUGGUCUACGGCCUAUCUUCCGCUCAUGACUGCUGAUGUGUAUGAUCGGUUUGGAAGCGUGUAUAACACGAGCCUUGUCGUUGGAGCCGAUAAUACGCUAGAUAUUGAGAGCUACAAGAACUACUCGCCUCCCUAUCUCCCCGCGACUUUUGCAUUUGUCUAUGGCCUUUCAUUUGCAUCCAUCACUGCAGUACUUACUCACGUCUACCUACAUCACUGGGAUGAUCUCGUGGCUGCUUUUCGGGGCACUACAAGACUGGAUAUCCAUGCGAGGCUCAUGAGAGUUUACAAAAAGACACCGUGGUACUGGUACGCAACUAUCAUUGUCAUCAUCAUGGCAAUGGCUAUAGCAAUGGUGGAAGUCUAUGAUACCAACCUACCCGUCUAUGGUGUUUUCCUGGCGUUCAUCAUCCCGGCCAUCUAUAUGGUACCCUGUGGGAUUAUUCAAGGCAUCACGAACGUAGACGCAAACCAACUUAACGUGCUGAGCGAGUUUAUUGGAGGGUACAUGUUUCCGGGAAAGCCACUUGCCAACAUGUGCUUCAAGAUCCUGUCAACAGACGUAGUGGGCCAGGGAAUUUACUUCGCAAUGGAUAUGAAACUAGGCCACUACAUGAAGGUCCCGCCUCGCACCUUAUUCUUCGCCCAGGGAAUUGCAACAAUUAUCGGCGCACUUACACAGGUUGGCGUUACUCUCUGGAUGCUGGGAAAUAUCAACGACAUCUGCUCAUCCGAUCAGUCCGAUGGAUUUAGCUGCCCUAACGGCCGAACUGUUUAUAGUAGCAGUGUGAUCUGGGGAUUAGUAGGACCCAGUCGGCUUUACUCGGCGGGUAAGAUCUACUCCAAGCUGAACCACUUUUUCUGGGUGGGUGCUAUUUCACCGGUAAUUACCUGGGCGUUGUGGAAGUAUACCAAGAAGGACUUCUGGAGGAAGGUUAAUUGGCCGUUGAUUUGGGUUGGAACUUGGAACGUGCCACCUGCAACCGGAAUCAACUAUUCCAGUUGGGCAAUCGUAAAUCUAAUUUUCAAUCACUGGAUCAAACGAAGAUUUUUUGCCUGGUGGACCAAAUACAACUAUGUACUGGCAGCCGCUCUCGACACCGGAAUUGCAAUCAGCGGCAUUAUUAUCUUCUUCUGCGUCUCCUACCCUGGUGCAGUUUUCCCGGAUUGGUGGGGGAAUACGGUGUAUGUGAAUACUGCGGAUGGACAAGGUGUGCCAUGGCUGGAUAUGCCUACGGAGGGCUAUUUUGGGCCACCGAAUGGAACGUGGUCGUAA